CCAGUCGGUACACAAAAAUGGGUCACUGACCUAAAUAGCUGUAAUACAUCCAGAUACUAGUGUGACCUGUAUUAUCUAACCCAUGGUUACUGCUAGAGUCUGUGUUCGUCCAGGAUAUAUUUGUGGUAGGACUGAUUUUGUAGAGAGUUAUCGGACUUAGUGCUGCCCAACAUGCCUUUCCUGAAAGUGGCUGAUGAAGGUGGACACACCAUGACACUCAUUUCAUACAAAGGGAGGUACGGCUCGCCACAAUUUAACGAAGAAGCUUUACUAAACAUGGAUGAUUUCCCUUUAAGAGCAGACGACAUAUUACUUUGCUCCUACAGCAAAUCAGGAUGCCAUUGGAUCUGGGAAAUCUUGCGAUUACUUAUCAGUGGUCCGGAUUCUACUGGUCAGGAGAAAAUUGACAAAGAAUCGUACAUGAUGGAAUGGAGGCCCUAUGACCAGUACUCUUCGCUGCCCUCUCCUCGAGUCCUCAACAACCACAUGACCUUUGACAUGCAGCCCAAAGAUCUCUUGGUUAAAAAACCUAAAGUUGUGUUUGUCUACAGAAACUUCAAAGACGUGGCAGUGUCUUUUUACCAUCAUCAUUGUGGUAUACACGAGUAUGAAUACAACGGAGAUUUCGACAGUUACCUCAAGAGAUGGUCAUCGGGACAAACUGAUAAUGGCACGCCUUGGAGUUACUCUCUCGGAUGGGAGAAAGGAAUCUCAGAACAUCCGGAACUUCCUGUUUUUGUAACUUCCUUUGAGGAUCUAAAACAGGAUCCAUUGACUCAAGUCAGAAAACUUUCAGAGUAUCUUGGCUUCUCUUAUCAAGAUGAUUUUUUACAAAAUAUUUGUGACCUCACAGAUUUUUCGGCCAUGAAAAAGCGAAAGGGACCUAACUCAUUUAAAAACAAGGACGGUAAUCCAGUCAUGUAUAGGAAAGGUGAAGUGGGGGAUUGGAAGAAUACAUUCACUGUGGCGCAGAGCGAGUGGCUAGACCAGAUGAUUGCACGAGAGAUGUCAGAGUCCAAACUGACAUUUAAAUAUACACUCUAAUAUAAAGUAAUAUCGACUGCUUUCCCUAAACGUUUUAAGGACAUUAGUAGCCUACAAUGUUGGCUAAUAUAUAAUUAUUUUAGUUCCAAGAUCUACGCAGCUUUGAAUUGUCAGCACUGUGAUGCCCAUAAGAGACAUAGAGAGCAGCUUUUGGGAUGUUAACUCUUUCUCUCCGUAAUUAUUUACCACGUUCUGGUGGAAUCAACGUUGCUGUUGUCAUUUAGGAGACAAAGAGUUAAAAUGUUCAUUUGGAAUGAAAUUUUGUAAUAAAAUGCAGUAGUGUUUUAACUCUUUCUCUCCGUAAUUAUUUUUCAACGUUUUGAAGGAAUUCUUCAUUUUGCUCAUUACUAAUUCAGUACCCUGUUAUGA